CUCGUGUCAAAGGGUAAGCGGAAUGUAAACUGUGGGCCGCGGGUGUGUGAGGCCGUCCGGCGCGCUGCGGGAACCUGAGCAAGAGGAGGAGAGCGAGACGAGAUGGCGUCCUUUGGGUGGAAGAGGAAAAUUGGUGAGAAGGUCUCCAGGGUCACUUCGCAGCAGUUUGAAGCAGAGGCUGCGGACGAGAAGGAGGCCGUGGAGAGUGAGGAAGGGGGGUGGCUUCCCGCCGCGAAGCGCAGGAAGGAAGUGCUGCUUGAAGGCUGUGCUGAGAGGAGUAAACAGCUGAAGGAUGAAGGAGCCAGUCUGGCUGAAAACAAAAGGUACCGGGAGGCGAUUCAGAGGUGGGAUGAAGCACUGCACUUAACCCCCAAUGAGGCUGCCCUCCAUGAGAUGAAAGCACAGGUCCUAAUGUCUCUUCAUGAAAUAUUCCCAGCGGUACAUGCAGCAGAAAUGGCUGUCCAGUGCAAUCCACAUUCAUGGGAGUCUUGGCAAACUUUGGGACGUGCUCAGCUUGGGUUAGGAGAGAUACUUCUGGCAAUUCGAAGUUUUCAAGUAGCCCUUCACAUCUAUCCAAUGAAUCCUGAAAUUUGGAAAGAAGACCUUUCUUGGGCAAGAAUGUUAUUGGAGCAGCAGAAAGCUGCACAGAGGAUCAAGAGAAGUGAAGCACCAAAUGCGGUGACACAGUUUUCGCAGAAGUCGAUUCCGGAAGUCGACUAUGACUUUGAAAGUGAGGAGAUUAUUGCUGUUUGUGCAGCUAUUGCUGAGAAACAGAAGCAGGUUUCAGCCAAUAAAACUAUGGUGAUUGUGUCCGCUUCUGGGACUGCUGAGACCAUAACCGAGAAGGAAGAUGGGGCUACGCCACCCGACAGCUCUGCUUUUAUCAAAGCCCGAUGAAACUGUGCUUAGAGGAAUUGUUUGAGUCUUUUUGAUUGGCACAAAAAGUGUAGCCAUAGGGAUAUUUUUUCUGGCAAAAGAGCAGAACUCCUGCUUAUAAUGUAAGUCCUUCAGAUGAGGCAUGAAACAAAAGCUAAAUGGUAGAAUUUUUUCAUAAGCUAUGACUUAUAAUGUAAAGAUUAGAAUUUGAGCAAAUGUUUUUUGAUAAAUAAACUUAAUCCAAAUGUGUAAUUGGACACAUUUUAAUGAUGCAGCUUGAAAAGUGUGUUUGUGUGCAGCUGGUAACUUGAUGGUAAAUGUUAUUAAAAUGUGGACUUAUCAACUUUUGUUUUAUGGAUAGUGUUUGGCUUCUUUCUGUCUUAGAAAUAAACUAUUACUGUUUUAUUUUUAUUGUUUCUCUAGAGUAUGUGUAUCACAAAGUUUGAGUGUUUUUGAUACUAAUUUUGGUUUAAAGUUGUCAUUUCAUUAUAUGUGGAAUCUUUGAAAGUGUGACUGAAAAUGCAUGAAAAUGUGUGUCUUCUCAGCUUUUUCUAGUUUUUGGUUUGUGCUUCUGUAACAAUAUUGAUUUUAUCCUUCAAUAUUUGCUACGAGUUUAAAGUACUGUUAAAUGUCAGAAUGAUUUUUUAAAAUUUUUAUAGUAAUUAGAGUAGUCCUAACCACAGUGAGUAAUUUUUGAAAUCUCCAGUUUUAAAAGAAUGAUGUUAUGGAUGUAGUAUUAAAAUUAUGCCACUUAGUUUUCCCAGUCAAAAAGCAUUAUUUUUUUCUUAUUUUUGAAACUCAGAAUACUUCUUGCUUCUGAAUUUGCAACUGAUGAUUUAGAAUUGUUUUUUCUGGUAACUUUUUUUGGAAUUAUUCAGUGAAAUGAGAAAUAAUUAUUAGAAUUCUAGUAGUUACUUUCUUUCUAGGAAUAAAAAAUGUAGUUAGUAUUAUAAUGAAAGUUAAUGAAUUUUAUUACAAAAUCAUAGAAGUUGGGAUGUAUUUUUAAGUAUUGUCCUACUAGUAGGAGACUACAUUAAAGAAAGAAUUUAUAAAAACUCAUGAUUAAAUUCAUAAAUCAAGAGUGUGAUUGCUGAUGUGAGUUUUUUGUGUAUCUUAUGUGGAAUAGUAUAAUUGCAUAGAACUAUUGAAUACUAUUACUUUUGGCACUCAGGAAGAUACUAGUAUAAAAUUAAGUUAAUUUUUGUUAGAGGAAAAGUAACUACUUUUUGUAGCUGUUGAGUAUACGAAUAUAUAAGUAAUAGUCAAUUGUUAGGCAGAUUUUUGAAAAAUUUAUUUUGGUGAAAUGCUUCUUUCUUCUUCCUUUUUAUCUGAAGUUGGAGAAAUUGUUACCAUUGUUAAAUGGAGAGAUCAGUUUUGGAAUGAUAAAAAAAUUAAUGCAUUUUGUUUAAUAAAGGAAUAUUCUCAUAGAUACA